CGCCCUCUGGUGAAUGUUUGUGUUUGCAGAGCGCGUCAAAACCAGUAGAAGUUAACCUCACAUUUCAAACGUCCUUUUCAGAUUGUUUUUAUUUAUCUUGACUCUUCAUAGUUUUUCUUAGUCUGGAAAUUGACGUUUACUCAUCUUCCGAAGUGAAGCAAUUGAGUCGGUCAUGAUUUGACCCCAACCAUGAUUUUAACAAAGGAUCUUGAUUCAGGUGGCCCAGCUGGACUACCUGGUAGUAUCCAAGCAGGUACCUCAGGCAACAUGAGUGGAAAUAUCCCUAAUGGCGGUGUUAAUGGAAUUUCGAAUGGUUUACACGAUGUUCCAGUCAACCCAUCCAAUGGUGAUUCAAUCAGCACUGUUGCACAACCAGUUUCCACCACCAAGGCAUCAAAGGUUAGCCAUGAAGAAACACUCAAAGGGAUUGAAAAUGCUAUUGAGGCACUGGAACACAAAGGCUUACAAACUGAUCCUCGAUACCUCCAGCUUGUUGCACUGAGAAAUUUCCACCUCUCUGCAUGCCCUCCUCCUACAGUUACACCUUCUUGUGAUUCACCUGCUCCUCAGUUUAAACUGACUGCCAGCCAGCUAAAUCAAUUGAGAACACAAUUUAUGGCAUACCGGCUUUUAGCUCGGAAUCAACCACUCACCAGCUCUCUUGCUAUGGCCAUUCAAGGAAAAGGGCCACUUCCUCCUGCAAGCUCACUUUCAGGAUCUCUAAGUGAAUCGUUACCUCCUCUUCCAACUCCGUUACCAUCAUCUAUUCCAUCUCAACCUCAUACUCAAGUGGUCUCAGGGCAGCCUGUACCUCAAAAUGCCCAGCAACAACAGCAGCAGCAUGCUGCACAACAAGCUGCUAUGAGAAGCCGUGUAACACUUAUAACAAAGCCUCCAGGCCUAGAUCCUGCCAUCAUUCUUCAAGAAAGAGAAAAUAGACUUGCUGCUCGUAUAGCUUUACGAAUGGAUGAACUAAGCAACCUACCUACUAACAUGGAUGAAGAUUUGCGUGUGAAAGCUCAAAUUGAACUCUUAGCUUUGCGAUUGCUAAACUUUCAGAGACAUUUACGGUCUGAGGUUGUUGCCUGCACCCGUAAAGAUACUAUGCUUGAAACUGCUGCUAGUAUAAAAACUAAUAAGCGCCCUAAGAGACAAGGUUUAAGGGAGGCUCGUGCCACUGAGAAACUAGAAAAACAACAAAAGGUGGAAGCUGAACGUAAAAGGAGGCAGAAACAUCAGGAGUAUCUCAAUGCAGUUUUGCAGCAUGCCAAGGAUCUUAAAGAGUUCCACCGCAAUAACCUUGCUAAAAUUCAACGUAUUAAUAAAUCAGUUGUGGGUUAUCAUGCAAAUGCAGAGCGUGAACAGAAGAAGGAGCAAGAAAGAAUUGAAAAAGAACGUAUGCGGAGGCUCAUGAACGAAGAUGAAGAAGGUUACCGUAAAUUGAUUGAUCAGAAGAAGGAUAAAAGAUUGGCAUUCUUGCUGGAUCAAACUGAUGAGUACAUCAUGAAUCUCAUGAAUCUUGUUAAAGAGCACAAGGCAGAACAGGCUAAAGUUCAAAAAGAACUUAAGGAACAAAGAAAACAAAUGCGUAAGAAAAAGAAAACCAAAAAACGGAAGAAUGAUGAUUUAGAUGACGACUCCUCUCAAUCAGAAAUGAGAGUAGCAGUUCUGGAUAAAACUACUGGUACUGUUCUCUCUGGAGAAGAUGCACCUAUGGCUUCUGAGCUCCAGCAGUGGUUGGAGGAACAUCCAGGUUGGGAAAGAUUAGACGAUAGUGAUGAAGAAAAUGAAGAUGAUUCCGGUUCCUCUGAUGAAGAGCAGCAAGAUGAUGAGAGCAGAGAUGAUCGGAUAUCUGAUGAUGACAAAGCUAAGCAAGUUAUUCUGAAAGCCAAAACUGAAGAUGAUGAGUACAAGUCAUCAGCAGAUGGUCAGACCUACUACAGCAUUGCCCACACAGUGAAUGAGAAGGUUACUCAGCAGGCAUCCAUCAUGGUGAAUGGCAAACUGAAGGAAUACCAGAUUCGUGGUUUGGAGUGGUUGGUAUCCUUGUACAAUAACAAUCUGAAUGGAAUUCUUGCUGAUGAAAUGGGUUUGGGCAAGACUAUCCAAACCAUUGCUUGCAUAACUUAUUUGAUGGAAAUUAAAAAAGUUAAUGGUCCCUACCUCAUCAUUGUCCCUCUAUCGACCAUGUCCAAUUGGGUACUUGAGUUUGAGAAGUGGGCGCCUUCUGUGCAAGUGGUUGCAUACAAAGGUUCCCCUGCUGUCCGACGAGACUUACAAAACCAGAUGAGAGCAUCUAAAUUUAAUGUUCUCAUCACAACUUAUGAGUACAUCAUCAAGGAUAAAUCAGUUCUGGCAAAGUUGCAUUGGAAAUUCCUCAUUAUAGAUGAGGGGCACAGAAUGAAAAAUCACCAUUGUAAACUUACACAAGUUUUGAACACCCACUAUGUUGCUCCUCAUCGGCUGCUACUGACUGGUACCCCACUUCAAAACAAACUUCCUGAGUUGUGGGCUUUGCUCAAUUUUCUUCUUCCUUCAAUAUUUAAGUCAUGUUCCACCUUUGAGCAGUGGUUUAAUGCCCCAUUUGCUACUACUGGAGAGAAGGUAGAGUUAAAUGAAGAAGAAACUAUUCUCAUCAUCAGACGUCUUCACAAAGUUCUUCGUCCCUUCCUCCUGCGGCGUUUGAAGAAAGAGGUUGAGUCCCAAUUACCUGACAAGGUUGAAUAUAUCAUAAAAUGUGAUAUGUCUGGUCUGCAGCGCGUAUUGUACAGGGUAAUGCAGACACAAGGUGUUAUGUUGACUGACGGCUCUGAGAAAGGAAAGCAAGGCAAAGGAGGUGCUAAGGCUCUAAUGAACACUAUCAUGCAAUUGCGGAAGCUUUGCAAUCAUCCCUUUAUGUUUCAACAUAUUGAAAAAGCUUAUUGUGAGCAUCAUGGACAACACAGCGGUAUUGUAACGGGUCCUGAUUUAUUCCGAGCAUCAGGCAAGUUUGAACUCCUGGACCGUAUUCUUCCUAAACUGAAAGCAACAAACCAUCGUGUUCUAAUGUUUUGCCAAAUGACUCAACUAAUGACAAUUUUAGAAGACUAUCUUAGUUGGCGUGGGUUCCUUUACAUGCGCCUGGAUGGUACUACCAAAGCAGAGGAUAGAGGAGACCUUUUAAAGAAAUUCAAUGACCCUGCGUCCGAAUAUUUCCUUUUCCUUCUGAGUACCAGAGCUGGUGGUCUUGGUUUGAACUUGCAAGCUGCAGAUACAGUUAUUAUUUUUGAUUCCGACUGGAAUCCUCACCAGGAUUUACAAGCCCAGGACAGAGCCCAUCGAAUUGGGCAGAAGAAUGAGGUAAGAGUCCUACGUUUGAUGACUGUCAACUCGGUGGAAGAAAGAAUUUUAGCUGCUGCCCGAUACAAGUUGAACAUGGAUGAGAAGGUAAUUCAGGCUGGCAUGUUUGAUCAAAAGUCCACUGGAUCAGAGCGACAACAGUUCCUUAACACCAUUCUUCAUCAAGACGAUAGGGAGGAUGAGGAGGAAAAUGAAGUUCCUGAUGAUGAGGUUGUUAAUCAAAUGAUUGCCCGCCAUGAGAACGAGUUUGACCUCUUCCAAAAAAUGGAUAUUCAAAGAAGAGAAAGUGAAACACAGAGUCGUCUUAUUCAAGAGUCUGAACUCCCUGAUUUCCUAAUGAGGGAUGAUGAAGAAGUUGAGAAUAUAUGUGAAGAAGAGGAUGAGGAUACACAAGAACUUGGCAGAGGAUCUAGACAGCGAAAAGAAGUUGAUUACACUGACAGUCUGACAGAGCGGGAAUGGUUAAAAGCAAUUGCUGAAGAAGGCGAAGAGGGAGAGGAGGAGGAGGAUGAAGUUGAUGGUAGUCACAGGAAGUCCAAAAAAAAGUCACGCAAAAAGAAGCACAGGGAAGAAGAUAGCUCCUCCCAUUCGUCACGCAAAAAAGCUAAAAUGGAAGUGCCUAACAACGUGAAGCAUGCUAUGCGUUGUGCUAUUGAUAUUGUCAUGAAAUAUACAGAAAAUGGUACUGCAAUUGCUGAACCAUUUGUAAAGUUGCCUGCUAAAAAAGCUCUCCCUGAAUAUUAUGAGGUGAUAAAAAAACCCAUGGACAUCAGGAAACUAAACCAGCGCAUUACAGAUAACAAGUAUGCCACUCUCGAUGACUUAGAGAAAGAUUUUAAUCUUAUGUGCUCCAAUGCUCAAACUUACAAUGAGGAAGACUCAGAUCUCUAUAACUAUUCUGUGACACUCUAUGGUGUAUUCCGCCAAGCACGAGCCCAAGUUGAGUCUGAGCUGCUCUCUAAAGAAGAUGGAGCUGAUGAUGAGGCCUCAGUGAGUGGAGUUACAGUAUCAGAACAUCCUGGUGGUGGUAGUGUAAGGGUUAAAAUAAAAUUACCAAAACCACCUGCGAGUAGUAGACGGCGGCACUUUGAUGAUGAGGCAGAUAUGGGAGAAAGUGACAAUGCCCGAGGAUUUGAGGAUUCCAUGGAUAUAGACUAAGCUAAGAUGAUGUAUGCAGCUCUUUUUAAUGUCUUUUAGAUGUACAAUAACUAACACAAUUGUGGAAUUAGUGAUUUUUUUCUUCUUUUUAAUUUUUUUUAGUUUUAGUUACAAUGUCAUGUAUUUAAUUGUAGUGUUUGCCUAUGUUUUAUGUCAACCGAGGGUUUGAGAUUUAAAUACAAGCAAGUAUAUUUGCAAUCUAUUGCUUUAAGUAGCAGCAAAAAGGAAUCACCAAAAUAGAAUUCAAUUUUCUUGCAAAAAGUAAACAAAUCAUGUGCUUUAAAUUACCAAUAAACAUCAAAAGUAGUA